AUGGCGGGUAACAGAACUGAUACGAGCCUCUCAAGAGUGCGCGACAAUGGCGCCACUGCUGUUGAAGGCGCCCGAACGCAACUUGUUUCUCGCGAGGAACGAGAACGUGCUCGUCGGAUCCGAGAAGCACACAAGGCCUACGGUCGAGGCAAGAAGGUCAACACCAGAGCUAUCAAGGACAAGAAGCUUCGCAGCAACAUGGAGCGUCUCGAGAACAAGUACCAGGAUGCUACGCUAAAGGCCAAGGAUGCCGAGAUCCUGCUCGAGAACACAUCAGGCUUCCUCGAGGCCGAGGACGAGAUGGAACGAACAUACAAGGUCCGGCAAGACGAUAUUACAGAGGGCGUGGCCGUAGAGACUGCGCAAAAACGAUUCGAGCUCAAGUUGGACCAGCUUGGACCUUAUCAGUUCGAUUACUCGAGAAACGGACGAGACCUGUUGCUUGGUGGUCGAAAGGGUCAUGUUGCGACAAUGGAUUGGCGAGAGGGUAAGCUUGGUUGCGAGCUGCAGCUGGGUGAGACUAUCAGGGAUGUGAAGUGGCUACACAACAACCAGUACUUUGCGGUCGCGCAGAAGAAGUACGUCUUUAUUUACGAUCACAAUGGUGUGGAACUGCAUACUUUGAGGAAACACCAGGAGGUGUCUCACAUGGAGUUCCUACCAUACCACUACCUCUUAGCAACAAUUGGCUCUACCGGUUGGCUCAAAUACCAGGAUACUUCAACAGGAGAACUAGUCGCCGAGAUUCCUACCCGAUUAGGCCAGCCUUGCUCCCUCACACAAAACCCCUGGAACGCUAUUCUACACGUCGGUCACCAGAACGGAACAGUUACACUAUGGUCUCCCAACUCUUCAGAUCCUCUUGUGAAGUUGCUGGCCCACCGAGGACCCGUCCGGGAUGUAGCUGUUGAUCGCGAAGGUCGAUACAUGGUCUCUGCUGGCCAAGAUCGCAAGAUGGCAGUCUGGGAUCUCAGAAUGUUGCGCGAGGUUAACCAGUACUUUGUGCGCCAGCCAGCUUCAUCAGUCUCAAUCUCUGAUACCGGUUUGACAGCUGUUGGUUGGGGUACCCAAACUACCAUCUGGAAGGGUCUCUUCGACAAGAACGCCCCUGUCCAAGAAAAGGUUCAGAGCCCUUACAUGGCUUGGGGUGGUGAGGGUAAGCGCAUGGAGCGCGUGAAAUGGUGUCCCUUCGAAGAUGUUCUCGGUAUCGGCCACGACUCUGGCUUCUCUUCCAUUAUUGUCCCUGGUGCUGGUGAAGCCAACUACGACGCUCUGGAAGUCAACCCCUUCGAGACUGUCAAGCAACGACAGGAGUCCGAAGUCAAGGGUCUGCUCAACAAGCUGAAGCCCGAUAUGAUCGCCUUAGACCCCGAGUACAUCGGACAGCUGGAUUUGCGAUCCGCAAAGGAGCGCGCUGCCGAGAAGGACCUCGAUGCUCCAGCUGCAGAUAUCGCCGAGGAGAUCCGCAAGCGAGCAAGAGGAAAGAACGGUGCGCUCAAGAAGUACCUGCGCAAGCAGCGAAAGAAGAACAUUAUCGACGAGAAGAGAAUGCAUGUGGACGAGAUUUGGAACGAGCAGCAGGCCAAAAAGAACAAGAAGGAGCAGGAGGCGGAGGCGGAUCUGGGACCGGCGUUGUCGAGGUUUGCCAAAAAGGAGUAA